ACGACACGCGGCUGCUCACGCGGCCCCGCGGCUCCAGCCAACCACUAGUGCUCAUGGGAAGUUUGUGUCGAGCACUCACUUCAUAUCUUUAUCAUGUGUUUUAUACUUACACACAUUAUUUGUCUAGUUAUUGUAUCUUUAUCAUCAUGUACAGAUUUGGCAGCUGUGUACAAAAAGGAUAUUCUCCUCAUUCGUGAUGUGGACAAAAUUACUCCAAAAUGGCCACUGGAAUGGGAAUCUCUUUCGUUGUCCCUCCCAAAGAACCUGUACUACCCUCUAGGUCUGGCUCAUGACCCACACACCAACCGGCUCUUUGUGGCUGAUGCCUUGCAUAGAGAUACCAAAAUCUUUUCUCUGUCAUUUGAGUCAAAUUACAAGGUGGAGGCCAUGCAUUCUGUAGUCAAGGCUUCUGGUAUAACAGUGAUGGAAGGUCUGUCAUAUGAUCCCACAUCACAGCAACUGUAUUGGACUAACUCUUCCAAUGGUGGUAUUUACAAGACCUUAAUCCCGACUGAACUUGUGGACGAUGUUGCAUUAGAGCCCAAACUUGUGCAUCGUUCUACCAACGUCAUGGACCCUCGUGGGAUAGCUAUUGAUUAUUGUGAUGAACAGAUGUACUGGAGUGAGAGAGGUGGGUCCAAAAAAGUCCCCAGUAGUGUGAAUAAAUUGGACCUGAAAGAAAAUGUGCAUAAAGUUAUUCAGCAAGACAACGAGAUGAAUAUCUAUUAUCAGGGCCUAACCUACGACAUCAGACGGAGAAAACUUGUUUGGGCAGAGACCGUUGGAGACAAAUUUGAUGAUAAAAGCCAAUGCCACUUUGUCAGCCUAGCCAAUGGGGUAAAGGAACCUCAGGAGCUUUUCAACUUUGAAAAUUGUUUCCCAUAUUCUGUAGCAAUUGGUGACGAGUAUAUAUAUUGGGCAGAUUGGAGCCAGCAGGGUAUUAUGCGGGCAUCACUUAUUGACCCCAAGGAUGUUGUGAAGCUUGUCCAUACCCCUGCUGUUGGUGUCGAAAGCAAUAAGCGUCAUGGUGUUUAUGGUCUUGCACUGUUAAAUGACCUCACUGAAGAAUCUACCACGGAUUUAUGUACAGAUACAAGCAAGAUAAAUUACGAGAAGCAAAUUGAUAAAUUAAGAUUCCAGGGGCCUGGAACUGAAAAAUUAUCCCCUGAACCUUUAGAUGUGGAAUCACCUGUAGAGAGAACCAAUGAUGAUGGUGGACACAGCACAGAUUCUGUAGAUGUGGAAUCACCUGUAGAGAGAACCAAUGAUGAUGGGCAUAGCUCAGAUUCUGUAGAUGUGGAAUCACCUGUAGAGAGAACCAAUGAUGAUGGUGGAUACAGCACAGAUUCUGUAGAUGUGGAAUCACCUGUAGAGAGAACCAAUGAUGAUGGUGGAUACAGCACAGAUUCUGUAGAUGUGGAAUCACCUGCAGAGAGAACCAAUGAUGAUGGUGGAUACAGCACAGAUUCUACAGUGACUUCCAUGAGCUCUGCAGAGAAUAAUGUAGAAAUAGUAAUAGAUCACCAUGUUAUAAAGAAUGAACCAAAAUUAGGAGAAGUUGAACCAGAAACUGAAGUUCCACUCAGGGCCCCCACCUCUAUACACACAAACAAGCUGAAGGUCAAUGCAGAAAUAUGUAAUAAAGAGAAGUUACUUUGGAUUAUUGCGGUGCUGUCUGUGGUUUGUGUAUCAUUCAUGGCUUCAACCUUUUUCCUUCUGGUGAAAAUGUCCUGUCAGCAGAGUAGAAGGGAAGCAGCACCUGCUCCCACUCAAGUAACUCGACAAGUGAAGCGAUUUGGUCCCAAGAAGCGAUAUGGUUCAGGGAAUAAGUCGGGAAUUAAUGGAACAUCACCAUGCUCUGGGUUAUCUAGUAGUGAUGGCGUCAGCAUCAAUAUUGAAGAUUGCUGUCAGAUGACUAUGUGUGAAACUCCAUGCUAUACCAGUAUGAAACGAGAAGGAAAAGGGUACAAGAUAUCUGAAAACCAUCUCAUCAGAUGUGAAGAUAAAAAGGGCCUCUUAGAUGAUUGUGGAGACAUCUGAAAUUUAUAGAUGUUUUAAAAUUGAGAAUUCACAGUGGAAAUGAGUCCACUGUGCUGGUACACAAAUGGAAACUUAAUUGAAAGGUUAUUUCAGGUGAGUUGUGUACAGAUCAAAGGCUGUGAUAUUACCUUGACUCUGGUCAGGGUUCUGCAAAGAUGUACAUGGUUAUGGUGGUCAGAGUAUGUUGUUCAUUUGUUAAGUUCAUUGUUGUGCAUAGCAUUAUUUUUUAUUUCAUAUUUCAUUGGUAAUUGUUGGAACAGAUAUGCAAGUGAAACCAUUUCUGAAUAUGUUGAGUAUCUUUAACUGAUCAUAGUAGCAGGUACUUCUCCAUAAUACCCAAUACUAUACCCAGUGAACUACAGUACAGCAUCUCUCCUGUCAGUUGUAAAAUACAGGGUACUGAUAAAAAUUAACUACAGUACAGUAUAUUAAAGGAGACAAAUUACUAGGCAAAACAGUGCAGUGUGUAUAUAUAUAUAUAUAUAUAUAUAUAUAUAUAUAUAUAUAUAUAUAUAUAUAUAUAUAUAUAUAUAUAUAUAUAUAUAUAUAUAUAUAUAUAUAUAUAUAUAUAUAUAUAUAUAUAUAUAUAUAUAUAUAUUCCAUUUGCUCAGUAAUGCCUCCUUUUUCCAUAGAAACACCUUACUAUCGCAACUUAAGUAUUUUCAUCUGGCUAGCUCUAGACGAUCACACACUUAGCUGAGUAAAAUCAGUCGGUAUUGUCAGAGUUACUCUGCAUUGUAAUCUCUCAACUGAUAUACACUUUCCCUCUUCACCUCUAGUAACACAUCCCCCACCCCACGCACACAUACUUGCACACCUCCACUCUCCCUCCUGCUCACUAGCGAAUGCUUCGAAUUUACACUUCAGAGUUCGGGGUUCACACCCCAUUUAAAGAGAGCACUGGCAAUGCUAAGUGAUAAAUGCAGGAGUGGAGCCAACUGUAUGUGCACAGUACAGUAGAACCUCGAUAAAUUGGACUAAUUGGGGCAGACCCCAGUCCAAAAAAAGUGAAUAUAUGGGGUGGGGGGGAUUUUUAUUUGUAUUUUUUGGUAUUUCUGGUGACCAGAACAUCUCAAGAGUCUGAAAAAAGCGAAUUCCGAUAUAUUUAACUCCGAUUUAUCGAGGUUUUACGGUAGUACUAUAUUUGGAAGCUUCAUCUCCUAAUUGCUACUAUCCUCACCCUGGUCAAAGAGGUUUAAUAAAAUACAGUAGCCUCACAUAGGCAUCAUCUUAAGUUUUACUGACACACCUUACUUCAUUUGAUUAAGCGCUUCAAUUUUCAUAAUAAUUGGCACAUACAGUAUACUGUAAUUCUAAAUGAUUUUCAUUCAUGAUGGAUACUGUACUUAAAAAUGUGAUGGUUAACAGAAAAUGUAAGAUUUAUUGUUGAACAAAAAGACAGACAUUGUUAAAAUCCAACUGUGUUGCUUUACUUUUCGUGCUAGAUGGCAUGUAGUUCAUUUUCCUUCUUGUAGCAGGUGUAACUGAAAUACUGAGUAAUGUACUGUAUGGCGUGUGUUACUGUUGUGUUGAGGUAGGAAUGGUAUCCAAUUUUUAUCCUCUACAGUGUAGAGACUACACCAUAUUCCAACCCAUAUACAGCUCCACUUUUACAAUAGAAAUAUAAAUCAAAUUAAUUAAUACCUAAAAGUUGCCCUAUCUUUGAUGCACUUGAUAAACUAUUAGUAAAUAUUCAUCAUUUGCUCCAAGUUGACAUGGCACAGUGUUACCAUAUAGGAUGAGACUAGAGAAAGUCUACAGGUGAGAUGUCAGGGUCCAUUAAGAGUUACGUGCCAGUAGCUGGAUAGUGUUGUGUUUAGGUCUGGGUGAGAUUAAGAUGGGUAAAGUCAUGUGUUUUUGAGGAAGGAGGUUAGGCUACUCAUUAAGUAACCUGGUGCUGGUGGCAUGUAGCAGCUAGAAGGUGGCUAGUUAGGUCCCACAGUCUGCCUCCCAUGUGACCACCUCCAUGGUCUAUGUGGUGAUGGAGCAUUUGUGCAAGCUCACAAUCUGGAUGUACAUAAAUGUGUGAGUGUGUGCAUAUAAGAAUGUUUGUGUUUAUAGGAGUGUACAUGCUUAUAAGUGUUUGUGCAAAAGACUGCAUGUGUGUAAGAUUAGGUGAAUAUAUCUCUAAUGUACAGUAUGUGUAUUUAUACAGUACAUUUGUAUAUUGUAGUGUGUAUGAUUAAGUGUAGAUGAGGUUGUAAUUGAGUUGAUGCAAAUAUGUGUGUGUAUCCAAAUGAGUGUGUGUGCUUGUAUGAAUAUUGUUGUAAAGCAGUACAGUUUGUGUGUUUUAAGACUUUUUGUGCAAAUCUGUCAGUGUGUGUACAAUGUACAUGUGUGUUAUGUAUGUAUGAGUAUUUGUGUGUGUUGUUUGGUAUACAGUAUUUGUAAUGGGAGAUGUCAACUGCUACUCACCACUGUCAAGCAGCCAUCCAUUAUGCAGGACAUGAGACCACCACCACAGGUUGCCUUCUCUGACUAUUGCCCCACCACAUCACAUGGCAUCUCUCAAUCCACUACCCAUGGACUCAUGUUUGUUUUCCUUGACAGUGAAUCACAAUCUUGUAUGUAGGAUGUAUUACUGAGGGUAUACUGUAAUUGUUGCGAAGUGAAUGUGUAGUUAAGAAGUCUCACUAUAAUUUCAGUGCUAUUUUGGGACAUUAUUUUUGUGCUUUAGCCGAAGUUAAACAUCUAAUCAUAUUUUAUAUCCUUAAUUAUGAAGAAUAUUCACCAUAUUACCCUUUACACAUCUAAUAUUUGGUGUAGCUUUACUGAACUUUGGAGUUCUUUCUGAUUUAAGCCGAAUUUUAAUUUUUUUCUUCAAAUUUUGCAGAUUAUUUAGCACCUUAGGCCAUUUGAUUGAAUUGUAAGCAUUGCUCUGGUCAACUGCCUAAUGUCUCUGGCCAGUGUGUGCUUUGUGAUUGAUGAAAUAUGGUGUCACCCACAAAAAUAAUGUCCUUUUUGAAUUGGUAUGAUAUCAAACAAGGAAUUUUGGCUAUUACUGUAUGUAUAUACAUACAAACUAAAAGGUGAGCUUGACAAGGAGUUGGGGGUAUUUCACUAGCUGCUUAGUGUAAAGAAUCUGGAAAUCAACACCUGUCUGAUUCAUGAAUACAUCACAGAACCCAUAGUGUGUUAACCUUUUGACAUUAAACACUUUACUGUAUUCAGAAAUUGGCAAUAAUAUUCAUAUACUGUACUGUACUACUGUACUUUAAAAAAAAGUUAUAUCAGAAAACUGUUUUCAUCCCAAGUUCCAUUGUGGAAUGGUGUUAUAACUGUACCUGUUAAUACCACCAGGCCAUAACAUCUCCUCUACCAGGGCCCCCCAGGCCUUCAUGUGCAAUAUUAUUAAACUGGAAUUUACAGCUAAAUCCCCAGCCAACUUUUGGCUUGAUAAUUAUUAAUUGAAUGAUUAAAAAAUGAAUUUGUCACCAUGUUCCCAUAUUUUAGAUUAAUGGAGCUACUGUGUACUGCAUAACAUUUACAGUACAGUCAGCCCUUUUCCAAUGCAUAUUCCUCCAAUGUAGAUUCGCUUAUAAAGUACUGUAUAUGCAAAAAUAAUUGCAACCAAUUAUUUGCUGAAUGCAGAAAAUUUUAGUAUACUGUACAGUAUGUGGUACAAUGUGUGUGCUCUUGUACUUUCUAGAUCUGUCACCUUCCCCUCAUUGUGUCUCACACUUGCACUCCUGCUCUCUCCCUCUCGUGUAUGCUGUAGUCACACUAAUCUAUUUUGUCUCGAGUAUAUAAAAGAUUUUGUGUGUACGUAAUAAUCAGGGAAUCUACUCUGCUGUGUUCACCCAAUCCUAUUAGUUCCUCCAAUGUGGAUUUGCUAAAUACGACGUUUUCGAGCAACCUAACCCCAGCGUUGGAGAAUGGCUUACAAUAAUUAAAAAUUAAAAUUCCACAAUUACAAAGGAUAAAAUGGUAAUCUGUGUAGUAUAUCAGACCCACAAGAAUGCAAGACAUGUGUCUGGUGAAUUUCUGUUGUGUAAGUGCAGCAAGUGACCCUAUGUCAUCCUUCCCCUUGUACUGGUGUUGUGAUUUGAGAUCAGAAUGAAUAAUGACCUCUGAAAUUACUGCAUUUCCUGGGUGGAAGUUUCUGUAUACAGUAAUAUGUCUGGUAUAUGCUUCUUGGCCAUCACUAGCAUGUGUUGUUUAUUUUAUAUUCUAGUCUCCAUUUUAUUAUUUAUUUAUUCAAUCAGUUAGGGGAUUUUGUUUCCUAUGUUUUUGGCAAGUUUGUGUGGUCUAGUAUGAAUAGAAUAAUUUUUUAUUUUUUGUUAUGUCAAUUGUCAGGUUGUAAUGAGGUUCAAAAGUGCUCCAAGCUACAGGACCAAGUUGUGUAUCAGUUGGCUCAUUCACCUCAUAAUAGCCAAGGGAUAAAGCGACUCAUCAAGGGAGUGGGAUAUACCUGUACUGUACUGCCAACUUGUCUAUCCUAUGAUGAUGAUGACACUCGCCCAUCACAAUUAUCCUAUACUUGUACUCCAGUAACAGGCUUUUAAAGAGCUACAAGGGAAACAUGGCUAUGAGAUAUGAGCUGAAAUAUGAGUACUAUACAGUAGUAUAUUUUUAUGUCGGUAUUCUAUUUGUGUUUGAGUUAGAAUGAAAUGUAAACAUAAUGUAAAUACAGUACUGUAAACUGAAUGACUUAUGACACUAAUUCAGAUACAAUGUACCAACUGUAACAUACAGGUAUUUGUUCUUAAUUUGUUCAUGGAUGAAGAUUGUUACUCACUUUAUAGAAAAGGAAUAAUUAAACAUUUUAAUACAGUAUCUAUAUUUAUAGAUACAAUAUGUGAAGUACAGUACUGUACUGGUAUCUGUUUAAUACAGUAAACUCUCGAAGAUUCGGACCCGGGAAAUCCGGAUUUCGGAAGAUCUGGACAAAAAUUUUGGGGGUUCCGGGCUAAGAAGCCUCCUAGAAAUUUCCCCAAGAAACAUUCCCAAACCAGAGCAAAGAACAUUUUAGGCCCGUGGGCGCUGCUUGACCCAUCAGUUGCUUGGACACAGGUGCCUGAGGAGGUGGGAAACAUAAACACAGUUGACAAUUGUAGCUUGUGGGAAUAUUAUUUCAUUCACUCUAGUAAUGCUACAAUGUUUCUUAUUAUGUCAUCAUAGGUAAAUACAUGGUUUACAUACGGUAAUUUGUUUAGCACUACAAUAGUACUGUAUUUUUGUUUUUCUUACAUCAUUUAUUAUUCGCCGAAAAUCCGGACAAUCAGCUUUUCCGGAUAGGUGGUCCCCCCCUUAGUCUGGAUCUUCGAGGGUUCAUUGUAAUAUAUUGUUGGAUAUACUUUAUGGUCAGUACUAGUCAUUUACUAAUGAAAAUUGAUAACCUUAUUUUUAAUUAUAUGCAUAAAUUUCAUAUCUUGGGAACACAACUGUAACCACAGGAACUGCCUUGUUACAAAAAUUUUGAUUUAGAGAUACUGUAUUUAUAUUUUUUUAAAUGUCAACAAUUGAAUGUUAUGACAUCUCUAUUACAGUACCUGUACAUGAUAAGCUUUGUAAUAGUUUUGAGAAACAUUUGUAAUUAAUCCUUAUUGAAAUACCUUUUGCUUGUACUGUAUAGUCACUGAAAAAGGUCCUCUCAGUCCUCCGUCUCACCCCAUGAACCCUGAGACUCAUAAACCUAUGAAUCCAAGACAUCACAUAAAUGACACACUGAGCCUAACAGUGUCUGGUGUCUCUGAUUCACGAGUCUCGGAGUUCAUGGAUGGGACAGGACUUAUAUCCGUGACUACAUUUUGUUUUUUUUGCAGACUUAAUCUCUUGUUAAUACAGUACUGUGUAUGUAUACAGAUAUGCCUAUCAGUGUAUGUACAGUAUAUCUAUAUGCUUACAUAUGUAUUUAUACUUACACAAAAGCUGUAUAUCAUAAUGGCUGUGAUCUACCUCAUAUAAGAGUUUUGGCUUUAUUGGAUACGAUAGUUUUUCCUUUUUUUUUCAUAUUAUUGAUGAAAACUAGUUAUUACAGAGAUGGCAAAAAAAUUAAAAUGUCUUGUAUUAAUAUUGUCAUUAAAUACAUGAAAACAUUUCUGGGAAGUGAUAUAAAGGACGUGAAGGGGGGGACUUUAUUUUAUAAAUUCUUUUUAUUUUUAUCAGGUGAGAGGUUAAUACGAUCUUAGUCAACUUAAAGUAUUAGAUCUAUCAGCUACUCAUAUCAUAUUUUAACUUCUGAUUUAUCUUCAGAGCGAGAAAUAACUUGUAAAGUUACAUCACACAUUAAAGUCCAGUAAACAUAAGUGUAAUCGAACAAGAUAAAAAUGCAUAUCCUAAGCGAGUGUUGCAUUACAAGUUGAUCCAAGAGCACUGCCAGGUGAAAUAUGAUGCUUUACUUCUAUUUUUCACUUGUAAAAUUAGUUAAAUAUGAUAAAAUCAUCACCUCUGGUUCAUUCCUCCACCCUCACACAUGUAUAUCUUGAAGGUAAAAAUGUGCUGAGUGUUUUAGCUUUAAAGCACAAAUGCAUUUUUCUUUAUUGUGCGUCUGCAUAACACAUGUAUGGUAUCUUUGUGUGCCAAAGCAGGCUUAGAAUUUAUGUACACUGUCUUCCUAUGUAUGGGCAGCUUCCUACUUACAUGCAUUAUCUAUAUACAGUAUUGGGUAUCGGUUAAUAAAGCAUGGUUUGAAAAGUACCGUAUACUAAAAUAAAAAAUUCUGCAUUCACAAUGAAAUACUUAACAAAUGUUUCAGGUCCAAAAUUAUUACAUGGACUAAGAAAUGACAGUCAUCUUCCUCAGUUAAAAUUUUUGGUUAAUUGUCUUGGUGUAUUGGUGUCCCAAAGGGUUUAGUGUGAACAAAGUAUUGAAUCUCAAAUUUUCCUGUAACCUUCACCAUACAGUACAUUGCUUUACACAAAGAACGAGAACUUGUUUUAGUGUAUGGAUUGCACAUAUAUUCUGUUAAUAUACCUUCAUUACAGCAAUUGAGACACUGCAUUUAGGAAAGGCAAAGAUUUUUGUUAUAAAAGAGGUGUUAAUAGUAAUACAGUAAUAUAAUAAUGAGUAUGGAGUACAGUAAUAACUGUUCUGUUUAUCUUUUUAACCUGUGCACAUCCUCCAUAAGCACUUGUAAAUAAAGCUAUUCAGAUUAGGUAACUUUCUAAAAUUUUCUGGUAUGAAUUAAUGUAAAGUCUAUUUUAUUAGUUCAUCUUUGUUACACUACAAAAAAUAUGUAACUAAACAAACUUAAAUGACCUUGAGUAAAAAAAUAUUGCAAUCUAAAAUUGUCAUGUAUGGUAUAGUAUCCCCAAAAAGUAUCGGCCAGGAGGGGUCCGAUGACUUCUGAAAUGUUACAUGCAACUCGUGAUGUCCCGGGAGGGUUGGUAUCUGUGGCAUACUGAUCCUACUACAUUUGGUAACUGAACAUCAUAUUAAUUAUACUAAAAUAAAUACACAUUGCAUUGCUUAUGUUAACCUAUAUACCAGAGUAAAUGCAUGUCCCAAUAUCUAUCAUCUGUGGUCCCAUAAUGUUUCACACAGUGUGUGGACAGAUACUUUUUGGGGAUAUCCUGUACUGUACAAAGGACUCAAAUUUAAGUUUCGUAGAUCCAGUUGGAGUGGGCUUGAUCUUGAUUUAUUUUCUGCAGUUCAUUUUCUGGAGAGCUUUUUAACAUUUGGCUUUCACAGGUUUUUAACACUAGUUGCAACAAAAGUUUGAAGUUUGAAGAGUAUAUUUGCAGAAUAUUUUUUUCUCCUAAUAUACGUAUGUAGUUUACCAGUGUGCACUGGUAAAGACUACAGGUAAUGAGGUUAAAAUAGUUACCUGUUAACAAAGAUCCUUUAACACUCUUUUCAGAAAAUAAAUUUGAAUAAAGGUAUACAGUAUCUUGGUUAUUGUAGUUGAUUUAUUAGAAAGAAAGUAGUUAAGUGAAUCUACAUUUAGUGAAAUAUUUUUUUUUAUUGACAUUCAUAUUGACAAAAAGUGACCCUAUAAUUGAUCAAUGAAUUCACUAUAUCUGUGCAGUAAAAAAUAUUUACAAAAUAAUAAAUUAAAUGUAUCUAACUAGAGAUAGGAAUGAAGAGACAACAUACAUGAUGGAGUUGGGGGGAGAGUUGAAUGUCUACUGGGCUGCAGGCUAACCAGUUUCAUGCCAUGUUAAUAUACUGUAGCUACAUUAUAUGAAUGUUCCCUAACUUAUUAAUUAUGUUACAAUGAAACUAUGCAAAGGGAAGGUACAUAAAGCAAGGGAUACCUAUACAAUAAUCUAAGCUUUCUUACCAAGAUCUAGUGCCUAGAGCCAGUCUAAUAUCAUGAUUCUGGUUGCAAUCAGGUUUAGAAAUUGCUAUCUCAAUAUAAAUUUAAAGAAGCCAUACAGAAUCUUGAUUAAACCUUGGUAACUAAAUAAAAAAAAAAUUGCUUGCAUAGAGAAUUGUACAGUACAGGGGUUACCGACUUAACGAAUGUCUGACUUACAUACGCCUGCUGAUACGAACGGGGUUAAACUUGAAAUUUACAGGAUUUUAUUGACCCGAUGACCUUUUUUAUUUUCAUUUACUGAAUUUUGUCAUACUAUUUCUUUUGUCUUAAAUUAAGUGAUUUUUUAUGUAUAUAAAGACACGUUCAAAUUCAACUUAAGAAUUUCCUCAGAAAUAGAACCUGUUCGUAACCCCGGUGACCCCCCUGCACUGUACGUGUGUAAUUGCUAAUUAUACAAUAAUAAACCUUUCACCUAUUUUUCAUUUUGGAGUGAAAUUAUUUAUAUGAAUGUGAAAAAGUAUAAAACUUCAGAUGUAAUAAGUGAAACACAGUUUUGUUUGCAAGUAAUUAAAUUAAUUACCUUCAGUAAUGUAACAAGUGGAACACAGCUUUGUUUGCAAGUAAGUUAUUUACCUUGGGGAAAAAAAUAUCAUACAACUGAUUCCAACACUUAUCCAUCCAAUUUCAUAACAAAAUUAGUAGUUGAAGGUUUUUUGAAAAUCAAUCAAUUUUAUGUUUUAGUAUUAGAUACUUACUAGUAACAAUAUAUGUAAUUCAAAAGUUUCUCUCCUCAAGAAGUGGAAGAAGCUGUUAUAGUGCACUAAUUUUAUAAUUAAAAAAAAGAAAGAUUAAUAAUAAGUGGUGGUAAUGUAAUAAUUAUAUUUAAUUUAAAAUUACUUUUUUUAAUUGAUCUGUUUAAAUAACUUAAUGGUAUAUAUACAGUAUAUGUGGGAUUUAACAAUUCAUGUGUUUAUUUUGAUUUGUGUUAAUGUUGGGAAUGCACAAAGAUUACCGUCUUAAUGAAUAUAUAUGUAGCAUGAUCUCAUGCUUGUAAUGAAAUGGUUGUAUGGUCUUCAGGCUGGUUCAUUGUAGCGCUCCAGAACAAAUUUUUCAUGGUAAAACUUUUUUUUUUGUUUAGUCAAGAAAUCACUCAUUUGGAAGUCAGUUACAUGAAAGUUCUGCCUAUAUCCCAAAUAUGGUAUCUAGGUAUAGAGCAGGAGUAAUUCUUUACAUCAUGAUCUUGGCUUCCUCCUCCUUCCACAGACUGUCUUAGGACCUUGACUUAUUUGGUCUAUUUCCUACUGUUUGGAAGCCACAGAAAUGGUAGAAAGAAUGGGAGUACUGUACCAGUUUAUGCUAUUAACAUUUUGAGGUUAUGUGAUUUUUAAUAAACACUUGCACUAAUAUAUUUAUGCAAGAAAACUUUGGUUGUGAUGAAAUGCAGUGCUAAGUUUUAAGUGGUUAUGUAUCCAUGAUUAAGAUAUCAAGAACUGCAUAUAUCGCUGUCUUGCUUACACAUAUCAUUCUUAUGUAUUGUAUUUUUUAUUAAACUCACUUAGCCUCAAGUUGUACUAAAAAUAUAGUCAUUGUCUACAUACAGUCAGUAUUUGUAUAAAGCUUUCACUUAUUUGUAAACAAUGCAUUUCUAAAUUAUUUUAUUAUUUAUGUACCUGGUACUACAGACUGUUAUUACAGAAUUACUUGAAAUCUGUUUUACUGUACUGUAUACAGUACAGGUAAUUAUGUGGCAUUUGAGUUAUGGAGAAUGCGAGAAAUUCAUCCCACAUAAAUUUUACUAAGUCUGGUUUUGUUGAUUCAUAUGACAUUUUUAGAAAACUAAACAUAAAAGAAUGAAAUAUUGAACUUAAAUUGAUUUACAGUAUAGGCAAGACAAAUACUAUAGAUAUUUCUAGUGAAAAAGCUGCUGCUUAAAUUGCUCUUGUAUUAAAGAAAAUUUGGGAUGUGUGUGUUUUAUUGAAAAAUACUUUUUCAAAGGUUAUUAGUUAUGUUUCUCUCCGAUUUACUCUAUAAAACAUUUGAUUUUGAUGGGUAAUAAUGUAAUUCCCAAACAAAUAGGUAUGAAAAAAUAUAUUCAUGGAAACUAUCUGUAACAAGUUUAUAUACAGUAAUCUGAUUGUUAAGUUCAUACAGUACUGCAUUCUAAAAACUUUAUAUAUAUAUAUAAAAAUAAUGGUGCAGUCAUAUUGUUAUUGUGAUGCUCGUAGUACUCUGGACAAUCUUGUAACCACAGUGAAACUUUACCUAGAUACAAAUGUAAUCCAAAGGAAAUAACGAUAUAUUGUAUAUAUUAUUUUAAAAUGAACAGGUAUGAUUUUCAUUGUGGAAGAUUACAAUAGUCCUAAUGUGUUGCCUUACCUCGCUCAUCCUAAGAAAGGAUAGUGAUAUUUUUGUAUGCAAACAUUCUGGUCGUGUAUUUUACAGGUGAACAGGUCACAGGUCGACACCAAGAUGGGUCACCUUGGGGAUCUGAUUAGUCAUUGCUGGAAUCAGUGUGUGGGCUCUCCAGAUGAGAGACGCAUUGAACCAGUUUAAUUAACUUAGGGAUAGAGUAUAUGUUAUACAGAUCAACUGUUGGUGCUUCAUCAUUCAGGAGACAAUCUCGACUACUUCUGGCUCUAAAUCAAAUGUACAUGACAGUGUUUCAAAUAUCCAUUACUAUGGAUACCAUAGCACCUAAUAGUUAUCUUAUUGGUUUGUGAGGUAGUUUUGGGUUUAUGAAAAUAUCAGAUUCUUCAAACCCUUUGUUUUCAUUGAAAAAUUUAUUUAAAGUUAUGUUGUACUGUAUAUGCAUUAGAUAGAUAAAUCAAUUACAAAAUAUUAGCAAGAAACUACCCCAAAUUAUAAAGUAUAUGGUAAAUUUGUAACUAAAUUUUCAAUUUCAGGGAUAAGAAUUUUUUUGAUGCAAUAAAAUGUUGAUCUUU